ACGAGUGUAAAACUAGCUGUAAAGGUAAAGCACUUCUUAAAUUAAAUAAAGGAUGGCUCCAAUUGAAUUUCAUGAACUUAAGCUAGCUAAACUACAUUUAUUUCAAAAUAAUGUAAGGUGGCCAGUUCCUGAUCCAGUGACGUUGACUUGUCCCCAGACAGUAACUGUUAAACAGAGUGCAGGAUGUCAGAGAUAGAGGACGAUGCGUCGCUGUCGGACGGAGAGGAGGCGGCGAACAACGAUGUACAGGAGGAAAAUAUGUCCGAAAAAGAGGACCAGGUUGACACAUUGACAUUGUUUCGUUUUGGUUGUUGAUUAUCGAUCACACGGGUAACCUAACCUACAUUUCAAAGUGUAAACUGAUAACUCAGUAAAAAGUGUACUUCUUGAGUGUUCCCUGAUACCCAUCAGCCUCUCUGCUGAGUCUGGUUCCUAUCAAGGUUUCUUCCUUACGGGGAGUUUUAUCCUGGUCACUGUGCUUCUUCUUGCUCUUUGGGUUCCAGGCCGGGUUGUCACUAACUGUUGAUGUAAAAAGGGCUUCAUAAAUAAAAUGUGAUUGAUUCUGAUCAAUUUAUUCUGAUUAAUAUAUUCAUUUAUUCAUUCUUUCAUUGCUGGUUAGCUGAGUGUUGCGUUGAUGUGUCCCUCCCCAGAUCGAGCCAUGCCCUCUGACCCAGGAAAUUAUGAUCCCGGGUCUGUCUCUGCUGUGUCGCACCGGGAACGGCCUGGCACAUGCCUUCGUUAAGCUCGAACUGAAAGACAGGUGAGGUGAACGCCACAGGACACAAAACACCUGGUGUGCAUCUCAAAUGGCACCCUAUUCCAUUUAUAGUGCACUUGGCCUACUUUUGAACAGGGCCUGUAGGGAUGCCAUUUGAGAUGCAACCGUGCCCAGUCCCAAAUCAAAUGCUAGCCCUUGGGUUGGCCCCUAGCCUCUCAUCCCUAGCCCCUAACCCAAGACACUUGUUACAUCUAAAAUAAUUGGAUGGGUAUAAGCAGCGCAUCUUACCCCUCUCUGGUCCUGUGCAGGCAUAUCCAGCCUCUAACUCAGCCGCCAGACAUCGAUCCCAGCACAACUACCCACAUAGCACCACGUACUACAUGCACACCCUCAUCGCCAUCCAACUCCUCUACUCUCUCUCCCCCUCUCUCUCCUCCUCCCCCCUCUCUUCCCCUCUCUCCUCUCCCCCCCCCUCUCUCUCCCCUCUCUCUCCAUCCUCUCACUCUGUCCCCUCCCCUCCCUCUCUCCCCAGGCGUCUGACUGACAUAGCCCUGGUCAGCUCGUUUGUCCACCUGCGUUUCCUGGACGUGUCAUCCAACCACCUCUCUGACCUUUCACCCCUGGCCACCCUCACACAGCUGCUGUGGCUGAAGGCAAGGACCCAAAUCACACCCUAUUCCUCAUAUAGUGCACCAUUUUUUACCAGAAUCUUGGUAUAUAGGAUUGUCUUUGUCUUGUAUAAGACGGUGUAGCAUUUUUCAAUAAGAGAAAAUAUCAAAAAUAUCCUUUCUUCUCUUCCUCCCCCUAUCCCCUCCCCCUCUCCAGGGUGAUGGUAACAUGGUGGCUGGGUUCAGAGGUCAGCCCCUGGGUCAGCUGACCUACCUGCAGUGGCUGAGUCUGGCCCUGAACCGCCUCAGAGACCUGGAGGGCCUAGAAGGCCCCGCCCUGGAGAGCCUCAACCUCAUUGGUCAGUCUGGGAGGGGGUGUGGGAGAGCCUCAACCUAAUUGGUCAGUCUGGGAGGGGGUGUGGGAGAGCCUCAACCUCAUUGGUCAGUCUGGGAGGGGGUGUGGGAGAGCCUCAACCUCAUUGGUCAGUCUAGGAGGGGGUGUGGGAGAGCCUCAACCUCAUUGGUCAGUCUGGGAGGGGGUGUGGGAGAGCCGAAACCUCAUUGGUCAGUCUGGGAGGGGGUGUUGGAGAGCCUCAAUCUCAUUGGUCAGUCUGGGAGGGGGUGUGAGAGAGCCAAAACCUCAUUGGUCAGUCUGGGAGGGGGUGUGGGAGAGCCAAAACCUCAUUGGUCAGUCUGGGAGGGGGUGUGGGAGAGCCAAAACGUCAUUGGUCAGUCUGGGAGGGGGUGUGGGAGAGCCAAAACCUCAUUGGUCAGUCCGGGAGGGGGUGUGGGAGAGCCUCGACCUAAUUGGUCAGUCUGGGAGGGGGUGUGGGAGAGCCUCGACCUCAUUGGUCAGUCUGGGAGGGGGUGUGGGAGAGCCUCAACCUCAUUGGUCAGUGUGGGAGAGCCUCAACCUCAUUGGUCAGUGUGGGAGAGCCUCAACCUCAUUGGUCAGUCUGGGAGGGGGUGUAGAGCCUCAACUUCAUUGGUCAGUGCAGAAGUAAAAUAAAAUAACAGUAGGGAGGCUAUAUAUACAGGGGGGUACCGGUGCAGAGUCAAUGUGCGGGGGCACCGGCUAGUUGAGGUAGUUGAGGUAAUAUGUACAUGUGGGUAGAGUUAAAGUGACUAUGCAUAAAUAAUUAACAGAGUAGCAGCAGCGUAAAAAGACGGGGUGGGGGGGGCAGUGCAAAUAGUCCGGGUAGCCAUGAUUAGCUGUUCAGGAGUCUUAUGGCUUGGGGGUAGAAGCUGUUGAGAAGUCUUUUGGACCUAGACUUGGCACUCCGGUACCGCUUGCCGUGCGGUAGCAGAGAGAACAGUCUAUGACUAGGGUGGCUGGAGUCUUUGACAAUUUUGAGGGCCUUCCUCUGACACCGCCUGGUAUAGAGGUCCUGGAUGGCAGGAAGCUUGGCCCCAGUGAUGUACUGGGCCGUACGCACUACCCUCUGUAGUGCCUUGCGGUCGGAGGCCGAGCAGUUGCCAUACCAGGCGGUGAUGCAACCAGUCAGGAUGCUCUCGAUGGUGCAGCUGUAUAAUUUUUUGAGGAUCUGAGGACCCAUGCCAAAUCUUUUCAGUCUCCUGAGGGGGAAUAGGCUUUGUCAUGCCCUCUUCACGACUGACUUGGUGUGUUUGGACCAUGAUAGUUUGUUGGUGAUGUGGACACCAAGGAACUUGAAGCUCUCAACCUGUUCCACUACAGCCCCGUCAAUGAGAAUGGGGGCGUGCUCAGUCCUCUUUUUUUUCCUGUAGUCCACAAUCAUCUCCUUUGUCUUGGUCACGUUGAGGGAGAGGUUGUUAUCCUGGCACCACACGGCCAGGCCUCUGACCUCCUCCCUAUAGGCUGUCUCAUCGUUGUCGGUGAUCAGGCCUACCACUGUUGUGUCGUCGACAAACUUAAUGAUGGUGUUGGAGUCGUGCCUGGCCAUGCAGUCAUGGGUGAACAGGGAGUACAGGAGGGGACUGAGCACGCACCCCUGAGGGGCCCCCGUGUUGAGGAUCAGCGUGGCGGAUGUGUUGUUACCUACCCUCUGAAGGUCGAGGCCCCUGGGCACGUAAUCUGGCCACGGUAACUAGGCUACAAUAUUUAGAUAGGUUAGCCUAACUUACCUACCUAGCUAACAUGGGAUAGUUGAUCAACUGGACAUGUCUGACAGGUUAUAAAUAGCUCUUAAGGUCUGCCAGUGAAUUAUAUUAGAAAAGGAAAACUACCACAUUUUGAAAUUGCACCUUGUGUAUUCUACUACUACAACUCUAAACAGCAGUAAGUUGAAAGCCUGACUGAGUUCCUAAAAAAAGCAGCGGUCCGUAUUGAGUCCGUUCUGGGUCUGGACCGGCCCACUGUCCGUAUUGAGCCCUUUCUGGGUCUGGACCGGCCCACUGUCCGUAUUGAGCCCGUUCUGGGUCUGGAUCGGCCCACGGUCCGUAUUGAGCCCGUUCUGGGUCUGGACCGGCCCACGGUCCGUAUUGAGCCCGUUCUGGGUCUGGAUCGUCUGUGUGUCAUUGCUAGGUAAGGGUAUACAGAGUGUGUCUGUGUCGUUGCUAGAUAACGUAUACAGAGUGUGUCUGUGUGUCGUUGCUAGGUAAGGGUAUACAGAGUGUGUCUGUGUCGUUGCUAGGUAAGGGUAUACAGAGUGUGUCUGUGUCGUUGCUAGGUAACGUAUACAGAGUGUGUCUGUGUCGUUGCUAGGUAACGUAUACAGAGUGUGUCUGUGUGUCAUUGCUAGGUAAGGGUAUACAGAGUGUGUCUGUGUGUCGUUGCUAGGUAACGUCUACAGAGUGUGUCUGUGUCGUUGCUAGGUAACGUAUACAGAGUGUGUCGUGUCGUUGCUAGGUAACGUAUACAGACUGUGUCUGUGUGUCGUUGCUAGGUAAGGGUAUACAGAGUGUGUCUGUGUGUCGUUGCUAGGUAACGGUAUCCAGAGGGUGUCUGUGUCGUUGCUAGGUAACGUAUACAGAGUGUGUCUGUGUGUCGUUGCUAGGUAAGGGUAUACAGAGUGUGUCUGUGUGUCGUUGCUAGGUAACGGUAUCCAGAGGGUGUCUGUGUCGUUGCUAGGUAACGGUAUCCAGAGGGUGUCGGGGCUACAGUACCACCUCCUGACUAACCUGGUGACUCUGGAACUGAGAGGAAACAAACUGGAGACCACCGACGGAAUCUACCUGCCCAACCUCCGACGCCUCUACCUGGUAAACUUUAACCCCUAACCUCUCACCAUAACCUCUACCUGCCCAACCUCCGACGUCUCUACCUGGUAACCUUUAACCCCUAACCUCUCACCAUAACCUCUACCUGCCCAACCUCCGACGUCUCUACCUGGUAACCUUUAACCCCUAACCUCUCACCAUAACCUCUACCUACCCAACCUCCGACGUCUCUACCUGGUAACCUUUAACCCCUAACCUCUCACCAUAACCUCUACCUGCCCAACCUCCGACGUCUCUACCUGGUAACCUUUAACCCCUAACCUCUCACCAUAACCUCUACCUGCCCAACCUCCGACGUCUCUACCUGGUAACCUUUAACCUCUCACCAUAACCUCUACCUGCCCAACCUCCGACGUCUCUACAUGGUAACCUUUAACCCCUAACCUCUCACCAUAACCUCUACCUACCCAACCUCCGACGUCUCUACCUGGUAACCUUUAACCUCUCACCAUAACCUCUACCUGCCCUACCACCGACAUCUCUACCUGGUAACCUUUAACCCCUAACCUCUCACCAUAACCUCUACCUGCCCUACCACCGACAUCUCUACCUGGUAACCUUUAACCCCUAACCUCUCACCAUAACCUCUACCUGCCCAACCUCCGACGUCUAUACCUGGUAACCUUUAACUCCUAACCUCUCACCAUAACCUCUACCUGCCCAACCUCCGACGUCUCUACCUGGUAACCUUUAACCCCUAACCUCUCACCAUAACCUCUACCUGCCCAACCUCCGACGUCUCUACCUGGUAACCUUUAACCCCUAACCUCUCACCAUAACCUCUACCUGCCCAACCUCCGACGCCUCUACCUGGUAACCUUUAACCCCUAACCUCUCACCAUAACCUCUACCUGCCCAACCUCUGACGUCUCUACCUGGUAACCUUUAACCCCUAACCUCUCACCAUAACCUCUACCUGCCCAACCUCCGACGUCUCUACCUGGUAACCUUUAACCCUUAACCUCUCACCAUAACCUCUACCUGCCCAACCUCCGACGUCUCUACCUGGUAACCUUUAACCUCUCACCAUAACCUCUACCUGCCCAACCUCCGAUGUCUCUACCUGGUAACCUUUAACCCCUAACCUCUCACCAUAACCUCUACCUGCCCAACCUCCGAUGGCUAUACCUGGUUACUUUUAACCCCUAACCUGUGACACCUCUACCUGACCUUUUAACCCCUAACCUGUGACACCUCUACCUGACAUUUUAACCCCUAACCUGUGACACCUCUACCUGACAUUUUAACCCCUAACCUGUGACACCUCUACCUGACCUUUUAACCCCUAACCUGUGACACCUCUACCUGACCUUUAAACCCCUAACCUGUGACACCUCUACCUGACCUUUUAACCCCUAACCUGUGACACCUCUACCUGACCUUUUAACCCCUAACCUGUGACACCUCUACCUGACCUUUUAACCCCUAACCUGUGACACCUCUACCUGACCUUUUAACCCCUAACCUGUGACACCUCUACCUGACCUUUUAACCCCUAACCUGUGACACCUCUACCUGACCUUUAACCCCUAACCUGUGACACCUCUACCUGACCUUUAACCCCUAACCUGUGACACCUCUACCUGACCUUUAACCCCUAACCUUAACCCUAGGCUCUUACUGGUAACCUUUAUCCUCUCACCCAUAACCCCAACUUAUUCCUUAUUAAACUGGUUCUAACCUUUCACCUGUCACUUACCUCAGUUUAAUUCUGACCUCUAACCCCCUGGCCCUGGCCCUUGACCUGUAACCUGACCCCUGUGCAGGCCCAGAAUGCUAUCAAGCGCCUGGAGGGUCUGGGUAAGCUGGAGCAUCUGACCACCCUGCACCUCCGAGACAACCAACUGGAGACUCUAGAUGGCAUCAGCCCCAACAUGAAGACCCUGCAGUACCUCAACAUCAGGUAGGCAUCAGCCCCAACAUGAAGGUCAUCACCAACACUACACCAUUAAUACAACAUUAAUACAGCCCUGCAGUACCUCAACUAAACAUCUGACUUCAAUCCCACUGACAGAUUCAUGUGUAAAUCCCUCCUCUGGAAUACCUCCCUUUACCUCAGCUACUGCAUCCUAGUCGACCGCCGUCUCUCUCUCUGUCGUCUCUUCUCCCCUCCCUCCCCCUUCAGGGGUAACCUGGUGUCUGCCCAGCGUGCCUUGCGUAGCCUGGUGGGCGUAUCCAGGACAUUGCGAGCGCUGGUCCUAGCGGAGAACCCUCUGGUGGAGACGGGGGACUACCGUCUGUGUGUCCUGAGCCGCCUGCCGCUGCUGGAGCGCCUUGACAAGGAACCCAUCUCUCCUGAGGAGAAGUCUGAGGCACAGGAGAAACUCAGAGUAUGAUAUAUAUAUAUAUAUAUA